AUGCUACGAGUCAACAUCCCCCCGGUUACUCGCACGAUCCUCACAAGCAUAGCGGUGCUAUUCGUUCUGCACACGGCGACGAGAUAUAAACACUAUGCUGUUGGUGAAUCAUCGUCCUCAGCUACUGCUGUGCCGUACUUCCUCGCCGUUCCGUCAAAGAUACUCUUCUACCCAUGGACGCUUCUAUGCGCAACCUUUGUGGAACAGAAUAUCGUCACUCUCCUGAUCAAUGGAGCCACGAUGUUUUAUGGAGGAAAAUAUUUAGAACGGGCCUGGGGCUCGAGGGAGUUUGGGAAAUUCAUCCUGGUGCUUGCUCUGGCCUCGAAUCUAUCCAUGGUAUUGCUUUAUCUGACCACGGCUGUAGUUCGCGGCCAGCCUGAGAUUGCUAUGAAGGGAAUAGGCGGCGGGAUUGCCGUACAGUCCGCAUUCCUCGUUGCGUUUAAACAACUAGUCCCUGAACACACAGUCACCAUUCUCCGUGGCCUCGUCAAGAUACGAGUAAAGCAUUUUCCAGCUAUAUUUCUACUCCUCAACCUUAUCGGUGCCCUCUUUCUCGGAACAGAUGUUGCAUUCCAUCUCAGCUGGCUCGGGCUGCUCAUCAGUUGGACAUUUCUCCGAUUCUUUAAAUACCAGCCUGAUUUAUCGGGCACCUCCACAAGUGGCCAGGGCACCAAAGGCGAUGCUAGUGAUACAUUUGCCUUUGCAUGUUUCUUUCCGGACGCCAUACAACCUCCCAUUAACUUGGUUGCUGACCAAAUAUUCGCCGUCUUGGUGGUCCUUCGUAUAUGUACCCCAUUCUCGGCUGAAGAUGUUGCUUCAGGGAAUGAACAGGUGCUGGCGCGUGGAGAAGCCGGCCUCCCAAGCUUGUUGAAUAAUAACGUCCGUGGGCCGCUUAGGUCAGGAAAAAGGGAAGAAGCUGAGCGACGGAGAGCUCUGGCACUCAAGGCCUUGGAUCAGCGGUUGCAGUCAGCAAGCGCAAACAGAGCAUCGCAGGCACCCGUGGUGUCCUCUGCACCAUCGCCUCAACCUCCAGCGGCAGCGGUAGCUCCCGCCGCACCUGUUGUUUCCUCUGGUGAAUCCAUGCUAGGCGAAACAAAUUAUACCCCCGACCGCUCCUAA